CUGAUUCUGUCAGCUCUGUGUCCAAUUCUGACAUUGACAUCUGUCAACCCCUAUUAUUAACCUCACGUUUUUGUUGCUGAAAUAUUUUGGAAUUUCUAUUGUUUUUUAAUUAUUUAGACUAAAUUUUCAGUAAAUAAUGGUGAAACUAUCUGAUGAAGCUGUGGUCAAGAUUGGAAGUGUUUUAAAUGAUCCAAAGCGACCCAUGAAGGAGAGAUUCCGGGCGCUCUUCACUCUUAGAAACUUGGGUGGUGAAACUGCUAUAAACUGCAUCAGUGAAUGCUUUACUGAUGAAUCAGUGCUCCUCAAACAUGAGCUAGCUUAUUGUUUGGGUCAAAUGCAGGAUCAAAGAGCCAUUCCCAAGCUGAGGAGUGUGUUGGAAGAUAAAAACCAAGACCCCAUUGUACGCCACGAAGCAGGUGAAGCACUAGGAGCCAUAGGAGACCCUAACCUCCGUGAAUUACUUGAAAAAUACCAGCACGACCCUGCCGUGGAAGUAGCAGAAACAUGUCAAAUUGCCCUACAGCGAAUCAACUGGAUAGCCAAUGAAGAAUCAAAGAAAGAGAAGCUAUCAAAGAGUUUAUAUAGUUCUAUAGAUCCCGCCCCGCCAAGCAAGGAGGAUGAUGUAGAGUCCCUUAAGAAAACACUUUUAGAUGAAAGUAGGCCUUUGUUUGAGAGAUACAGAGCAAUGUUUAGCUUGCGCAAUUUGGGAACCACAGAAAGUAUUAAUGCAUUAGGUGAAGGUUUCCAAGCCACAAGUGCACUCUUCAGACACGAAGUAGCCUUUGUGUUUGGCCAGAUGCAGGAUGAGAGAAGUGUCCAGUUCCUGAAGAAGACCCUCGAGGACACGGCAGAGCACGAGAUGGUGCGACACGAGGCAGCCGAGGCCCUCGGCUCUAUUGCCACUGAUGAAUGCACUGAAGUGCUAAAGAAAUACCUAUCAGACCCUCGCCGCGUGGUGCGAGAGAGCUGCGAGGUGGCGCUGGACAUGUCCGAAUAUGAGAACAGCCCUGAGUUUCAGUAUGCUAACACCUUGGUCACCGUUGAAGAAUAAUACCGAUGCAUUAUAUUGUCUGAAAAAACACAAAAUUAUUUACUGUGAGACAAGACUACUGUUAACUGUUGCAGCAGAAAGUUCUACAGGGAACCAAUAGAUGACGCUUUUUGCUUUAUUCCGCAUUUGUUCCAUCCUCAGUGUACCAUAAAAUACUACUAUUUAUUAAUUCUGUGACUAUAAAUUAAUAUAAUAUUCAAGAUGUAUAUUUUUGAAUAGAUUGAAAGUACAAUAAUAAA